AUGAGUGCUCCUAUUACUAGAAGUCAAAAUCAGGGCGGUAGGGGACAGCGGGCUGGUCCUCUUCGGAGCCGUCCGGAGGAAGAGCCUGAUGGGGGAAGCUGUGGUGCAAGCGGCGCAGCCCCCCGAGAUGGCACCGUAAGCCAGGAUCUCGUACCACGGAAUGAGGAUAGAAACCCCAGUUUGGAGGAGAUAAUGUCUCGUCCCACAGGAGUUUCAAAUACGCGAGACGCGAGAAUGCGAUGGACGGAGGAAGAUAAUGUCCUCAUAUUACGCGUUCACUACACAGCAACAGAUAUGCAGCAGAGAACUGGAAGUAUAUAUAGGGAACUGUUGACUGAAGUGUGGAAUGACAUCAAUCCACGAAGACAAUCUUAUGCUAACCUUCUUGCCAACAGAGUGAGAUGGCUCCUGGAAAAAGAGAAAUUUUCGACAACUGAACUCAACUCAAUAAAACAAAGCUACUUACCACGAAUUGAUUCAGAGAAUAGGGUUGAAGAUGAAGAGGUUCCCCUAGAGAGCAGAAUUAUCAUUCGAAUGAGCAUCCAACCAUCAAGGAUAGAGCGCAUCUUCAACAGAAACCUCCACAACUACACCGGGAUUUCUCCACAAUAUAGACCUAAGAUUCCAAGGAUGUACGGAUCUAAAAGAAUGCUGGAAUGUGUUCGGAGGGUGGACAGGUUGAUGGAGAGAUAUUUAGAUGUAAACAUCACACUUAGGGGUAUAGUGGACUGCGUUUAUGCUGGAGCGGUUACAGUCGCAGAAGAACUCGGAAUGAAGAUCGGUGAAAUAUACUCAGAGCUGCGUCAGGAAUCUACACCACCAUGGAAGUUGAGGUUGGAAAAGAAAGUUAAGAAUAUUAGAAAAAAAAUCGGUAUAUUGCAUACUUACCUCAAUACAGAGUCGCAUACCAAGAAGAUCCUUAAGGGCAUACGGCAAAUCGCAUCAGAAUCUCGCAUUAGAACCAGCAGAUCAAAUGAACAACUCAAAGAAAAACUGAUGGUAGUAUGUGAUAGGCUGAAACAAAAAGUUAAAGCUUUGGGUAACCGUAUCAAGCGCUACAACGAGAGAGUCAAAAGGUAUAAAAACAACCACCUAUACUACAAAAACCAGAGUAAAUUCUUUCGCAAUCUUGAGGCCACAGAAACUGCAAAGGGAGUGUAUCCAGAUGAAAAAGAUAUGCAUAAAGCAUGGAGCGAAAUAUGGGAACGUAAGAAGAUGCACGAUGACAGAGCCUUCUGGAUAAAGGAUGCUGAGAAGGAGAAGAACACCUACAGCAUGGAUAAUAUAGAGAUUACGAAGGAGGAUAUUAAAUCAGUCCUGAAGAAGGCUAACAACUGGGCUGCUCCAGGAGCUGACAAACUGCAUAACUAUUGGUGGAAGAACUUUCACCAACGGCUGGUUGUUUUGUUCCAGGGAGCACUCUCUGACCCUUCCACCAUACCAGAAUUUUUCACCCUAGGGCUCACAUACAUGCUACCGAAGGGGAACAUCACUCCGGACCCAAAACAGUACAGACCGAUAACAUGCCUGCCAACUGUCUACAAAAUCUUGACAGGAAUACUUACCAAACACCUGUGGAAACAUGUUAACAAGUUCAAUAUACUAGCGAGUGAACAGAAUGGAUGCCGAAGAGACGCACAAGGAUGUAAGGAACUGCUCACUAUUGACUACCUUAUAACGAAGCAGGCAAGGAAGAAACUGAGGAACUUAUCAAUUGCCUGGAUAGACUAUAAAAAGGCAUUUGAUUCGGUACCGCACUCGUGGCUCUUGAAAGUCCUGAGACUCUAUGGUGUAUCUGAGCAGUUUGUUGGACUCUUAGAACACAUGAUGACAACCUGGAGGACGAAAUUAGUAUUCGGUACAAAGACAACAUCCGAAAUAAAGAUCUUGACAGGUAUUUUCCAAGGCGACAAGCUAAGCGCACUGUGGUUUUGUUUGGCUUUGAACUUCUUAAGCAAAUUACUGAACAACAACAGCUACGGAUACAUCAUUGAUAAUGGAGCGAACAUAAAAAUUACUCACCAACUGUAUGUAGAUGAUCUUAAACUGUAUGCCACAAAUGAAGAACAAUUGAGAAGGCUACUAAGAACUGUAACCGCCUUCUCGCAAACAAUUGGUAUGGAGAUGGGUCUUGAUAAAUGUGCUGUGGUGCAUGUUAAAAGGGGAAAGUUAACACAUGGGGGUGAAAUGCUUGUCCAGGACGAAUUAGCGAUUCAACGGUUGGGACCAGAAGAAUCAUAUAGAUACCUAGGAUUGCAACAAGCACUGGAAAUCAGAACAGCCGAUGAAAAAAUAUCAUUCAAAAAGAAGUUCUUUGACAGAGUGAAGAAGGUCCUGCGAAGUAAAUUAAACGCGAAAGCUUUGUUCACGGCUCUAAAUACAUGGGCAGUUCCCAGUAUUGCCUACUCUUUCGGAGUGAUAAGAUGGUCGAACACUGACCUGAAGGCCAUUGACAAACAGGUUCGCGUACUUCUCUCUAGACACGGCAUGCAUCACCCCCACGCAUCAGUAAUUAGGUUGUACAUGUCUAGACACCGCGGGGGCAGAGGAUUACAAAAUAUUGAGAUGGUUCACAACAAGGCGAUCAUAGACUUGAGAAGGUACUUCCAUUCUCAGAACUCACCUUUUUUCCAAGCAAUCUGCCGAGAGGACCAGAACAUCACGGCUCUCAACCUGGCAUGCCAAAUAAACCAACCCCAAACAAUAACGGACGAUGGGCAAUUGGAGGAGUGGCACAGUAAACCGCUUCAUGGCAGGUAUCCAGAAGCGCUGAAAGACAAAAGAGUGAACCAACAAUUGUCUCUUACUUACCUGAAAUCAGGAUAUCUGUUCCCGGAAACCGAAGGAAGAAUAACUGCCAUUCAGGAUCAGGUUGUACCAACCAGAGCCUACCUGAAACAUAUCGCAAAAAAGAACUUACCUACGGACAGAUGCAGGAAGUGUUCACAACAUCUUGAAACCAUGCAACAUAUAACUUCCUCGUGCUCCAUUCUGGCUCCCAAGGAAUACACCGCUCGACAUAAUGCUAUGGCAAAAGUAUUUCAUCAGGCAAUUGCCAUUAAAGCUGGCCUCAUACUUACCUUCAAAAAAGCCUAUGAAUACUUACCGAAGGCUGUACUUGAAAAUGACCAGUUCAAGUUAUACUGGGACAAUCUGAUCGUAACAGAUAGAUCGAUACAACAUAAUAGACCAGACAUAGUGCUUUUUGAUAAAGAAGAGGGUAAAGUUACCAUCAUAGAUGUUACUGUUCCGGCCGAUGAUAACAUCAGUAGGGCAUAUACUGAGAAGCUCACAAAAUACCAUGAUUUGGCUUUUGAAAUGAAGGAAAUGUAUAGAUUGAACACAGUUCUUAUUCUCCCACUGAUCAUUACCACCAACGGAUUGGUGGAAAGUCACCUUCCAGACAAUAUAAAACUCCUUGAUCUAGACCUUGAGUUGAUCAGCACAGCUCAAAAGGAGGUAAUACUGUGGACAACAAGGAUUGUCAGGAUGGUUUUGACAACAACCUAG